GGUGAGGUGGCGGGUUCCAAGGUCAUGCGGGGUCUCGAACUUUAGUGAGUGUGGUACAGAAGUUGGGGGUGAGGUGAGAGUGGUCGGAUCGCGGAUUGGGGAGUUUAUUGGACGCUUCAGCGGCGGUUCUCGCGAGAUCAUCGCUGCGCGCCAUGAGGGGCUAGCGUCGCUGUGAGACUGCGCAGGCGCCCCAGUUCCCUGCACCAAUUUCUUCUGCGCAGGCGCCGACGGGCGAGCGGAGACAAUAUGCCGGUUGCCCGGAGCUGGGUUUGUCGCAAAACCUAUGUGACCCCACGGAGACCCUUCGAGAAAUCCCGCCUCGACCAAGAGCUGAAGCUGAUCGGCGAGUAUGGACUUCGGAAUAAACGUGAAGUCUGGAGGGUCAAAUUUACCCUGGCCAAGAUCCGCAAGGCUGCUCGGGAGCUGCUGACGCUGGACGAGAAAGACCCACGGCGUCUGUUUGAAGGUAAUGCCCUGCUGCGGCGACUUGUCCGGAUUGGGGUGCUGGACGAGGGUAAGAUGAAGCUGGAUUAUAUCCUCGGCCUGAAGAUUGAGGACUUCCUGGAGCGGCGCCUGCAAACGCAGGUCUUCAAACUGGGCCUGGCCAAGUCCAUCCACCAUGCCCGCGUGCUCAUCCGCCAGCGCCACAUCAGGGUUCGCAAGCAGGUGGUGAACAUCCCAUCUUUCAUUGUCCGCCUGGACUCCCAGAAGCACAUCGACUUCUCCCUCCGCUCUCCUUACGGCGGCGGCCGCCCAGGCCGCGUGAAGAGGAAGAAUGCCAAGAAGGGCCAGGGCGGGGCCGGCGCCGGCGACGAUGAAGAGGAGGAUUAAGGGUCCUCGCCUCUGCCCCCGGGGGGCGGAGUGGCUGCUGUCGCGCUCUGAUAAUAAAGCAUGUCCUCAGUGCUUGGAA